UUUUUCGCAUUCUCCUCGUAACAAAGGAGACGCCUACCUCUUUCUCUCCACCCCCAAAUCUAGGGCUUACUCUUCUCAGCCUUCUCUCUUCCUCUUGGGCCUCACCGCCGCCACUGCCCAAGCUGUUCUUUCAGUUGCUCGGCCACCAUUCUGCGCUGGACGAACUCGCCCGCUUCCGUGGAAUCUGUGGGUUUUCGGUCCUGUCGGAGCUAUCCUCGUAGCUCGAUCCGCUAGCUAAGUCGGAGAUGUUCUGGCGAAUUCCCAACCUCCCCGCCUCGUCUCCGGUGGAAUUUAUCUUGGAUAAGGAUAGCUUCACCUUGGAAGAACUUCUGGAUGAAGAAGAAAUAAUUCAAGAAUGCAAAGCUUUAAACACACGACUUAUUAAUUUUCUUAGAGAUCGUGCUCAGGUAGAACAGUUGGUCCAGUAUAUUAUUGAAGAUCCUCCUGAAGAUGUGGAUAGCAAGCACUCCUAUAAGUUCCCAUUGAUCGCCUGCGAGAUAUUUACUUGUGAAAUAGAUGUCAUUCUGAAAACCUUGGUGGAAGAUGAAGAUCUGAUGAACAGGCUUUUCUCAUUUCUUGAACCAAAUCAUACACAUAAUUCAAUGUUAGCUGGGUACUUUAGCAAGGUUGUGGUGUGCCUGAUGUUUAGGAAGACCACUUCUCUUAUGAUGUAUGUUCAAACCCAUGAAGCUGUCUUCCACCAUUUGGUUGAUUUAAUAGGUAUAACAUCGAUUAUGGAGAUCUUGAUUCAUCUUGUUGGUGCUGACAAUCAGACAUAUCCAAACUACAUGGAUAUCAUGCAGUGGUUGGCAGAUACCAAUCUUCCUGAGAUGAUCGUGGAUAAAUUGAGUCCAUCAUACCCUGCUGAAGUUAAUGCUAAUGCGGCUGAGGUUUUGAUGGCCAUUAUUCGAAAUACUCCUUCAGCUUUAGCAGCCAAACUUUCCAGUCAAAGCUUUGUUGCAAGGAUAUUUGGCCAUGCAUUGGAAAAUUCACCAUCCAAAUCUGCUCUUGUCCAUACUCUAUCUGUUUGCAUCUCGUUGCUGGAUCCCAAAAGAUCUGCCUCGGCUGUUUCAGUUCAUUACUUAAGAAGUCAGCAUUUGCAUGCACCACUUAGCCAUGUAGAUUCUGAAACUCUACAGGCCAUGUUGACACAAUUAGAUGACUUGCUCAAAGUGUUGAAUGUAUCAUCUGAUGUUACUACUCUUCCUACCACUUAUGGUGGACUACAUCCUCCACUUGGGAAGCAUCGUCUUAAAGUAGUGGAGUUCAUUUCGGUAUUGCUAGAAGUUGGCUGUGAAGCUGCUGAGAGGGAAUUGAUUCGAUCUGGUGCCAUCCAGAUAAUCCUCGAUCUCUUUUUUAGGUAUCCCUUCAAUAACUCACUACAUCAUCAUGUAGAGAACUUGUUGAUAUCAUGCCUUGAGAGCAAGAAUAUUGCAAUUGUUGAUCAUUGCUUUUGCGAAUGUGAUAUCAUUGCUAAGUUUCUACAAGCAGACAAGAAUCCUUUCUUUUCCAUUGAUUCUAAUGCGGUAACUGUUCCAGCCCCUGGAAGACAGCCAGUUCGGCGAGGAAAUAUUGGACAUAUUACAAGAAUCUGUAACAAACUUGUGCAACUUGGAAGCAACAAUGAUCAUAUCUGGUCUUACCUACAGGAAUCCGAGGAAUGGAUUGAUUGGCAAACAAAUGUGCUGCGUGAACGGAAUGCGGUGGAAAAUGUUCAUCAUUGGGCCUGUGGUCGGCCUACAUCGCUACAGGAAAGACCAAGAGAUAGUGACGAGGAAGAGCUUCAUGAUAGAGAUUAUGACAUUGCUGCCUUAGCAAACAAUCUAAGCCAAGCAUUUCGAUAUCGAGUCUAUGAGAAUGAUGACAUGGAUGAGGAUGUAUACUUAGAUGAAGUAUCUACUGGAGUCGUCAUUUCUUCUUUGAGGCUUGGGGGUGAUAAUCAGAGUUGUCUUUUCACAAACUCCAACUGGUUUGCAUUUGAUGAUGAAAGUGCCACAGAGCCUACGAAUGUCACAACCCUUGAAAGGAUGGAUGAUGUCAAUCUAAAUGAUACAUCCAAUGGUGGUGACAGCAGUGAUGAUGAGGUGGUGGUCGGAGUUGAGGAGUUCACCAAAGCUGAGAUGCCCGAAAAUGAGUAUUCUGGUUCUGGUUCAGGUUUUAUGGCUCACGUUACAUCUAGAGAGGAUGCAUCUCUCAGUGAGCUGUCAACAGAUGUGACAAAACUAAAUGUUGCAGAUGAUGUGAGCCUUUUCCGAUUUGAUACAGAUGAGAAUGAUGAUCUCUUUGGUGAUCAACAGCUGCCUGAAUGGGUAGGUUGGCGUGAAGCUUCAGAUAUUCAGGUGGAUGGAUCUACUGAUGUUUCAACUCAAUCAAACUCCACAGAAACUGCUGUAAGCACAGCAUCAGUUAGCACUGUUGGUGAGCUUGCACUUGAGGGCACUGUGAGUGCAUCAGAAUCUGUUGAGUUGGCAAAAGCAGAAGAGACUACACCUUGUUUGUUUGAAGAGGAUGCCGAGUUUGUUGGUGUAGAUAUUGAGGUAAGGAGAGCCAUGAAUGGAGAGGUUGGUGCAAUCAAGAGGAACCUUGUCAAAGUUCCAGAACUACCCAAGCCCCAUGAAGAUGAAACUGCGAGGUUGGAGUUCAGCAAGAGUCAUUGGCGCAUGGAACCUGAGGUAGGCGUUGUUCAGGAAUAGCAAGUUAAUUGUAUACAGUAGUAUUCUCAGAGCAGUGGUACGUGUACAGUAGCAUUUAUUCAGAGGUGCAACUGGCAACAUAUGUACAUGUACUGAUAUUAUAAUUGUCAUACAGACCAGCCAGUCAUGCCCUGUAACUUGUUCCCCCUAUUAUUUUCUCAACUGAUAUUACUGGUAUUAGACACCUUAAAUUUGCCCAUUUGUCAAAUGAAGUAGACUGUCAAUCAGUAGUUUUUGA